UUCCCCCAGUAUCGCCUCCUCCCAUCCCACUCCACCCCCGCCCGGGAUUGCGGCGCCUGCGCGAAGCAAACUCGCUUUGCUCUGCUCCAGCUCUGACAGCUUCUGCUGGCUCCGGAGACACAGACCCAGAGGGAUCCACGAUGAGCUGCAGUCGCUCGUGUGUCUGUAGCCAUGGCACCAAUGUGGAGGACAGUACUACGUGGUAUGGGGUGGAACCCUACCCUAAUCUCUUCUACAGGGACUGUGUGGGUACCACUCUCAGCGAUAACCCAGAAGGACCCCUAGUUCAGUACACCUACCAACCCUGGCCCUCAUUGUGUUGGAAGGUCACUGUGUCCGUGGCAUCCCUGCUUCUCCUGCUGGGUGUGGCAGCCCUGACCACUGGCUAUGCAGUACCCCCCAAACUAGAGCUUGUCAAUGACAGUAAGUUCUCAUCUUUGGAUGACCCAGUAGCCGACUAUAACCAAGCCCUGAUCACCUGCCGUGUGGCAGGAGCCACGCUGUGCGGGGCAGCAGGGAUCCUGCUGGCUGUCUGCCUCUUUUUGGCCACCUCCGGUUGGCUGAGCCCAGAAAUCAAGGCAGAGCCAUUGGUCACUGAAGCUGACAGCCCGGUGGAGGUCUUCAGGGAUGAACCCGAGCAGCUGUCCCCUGCCUUCCAUGAUCUUAGCAGUCAGUCGUGGUUCUUGAUUCCCACCAGUCCCGUGAGGCAGUGUUCUGUGCAGACCAGCCAACCCCAACGGGACUCGUAAGUCUGAAGACUAGAGAAGUCAGACACGUCCCUCUUGGUACUCCUUGCUCUCAUCACCCUUCUCCCCUCUCCGUAGUGUCAAUCUCUGCAGAGCCCCUCCCACCCCCCAGUA